GGUUUAGGCAGGCUAAUACCCAAACUCUUCUUAAAAAUUGAAACACUUCACAUCGUCUCAAAAUCCUACGAUUGGUUCACCAACGAGCAUCAAAUUUCCGAAUUGCACCUAACAAAGUUAGAUCUGCGAAUCAAAUCACCAAAUUCUUUUAUGAUUGAUGAUGUUCAGGUAGAUAAGACGUCGUUACAGGUGGUGGUUGGAGGCGGCGGGGUAAAAUGAACGUCAGCCACCCGUCGGUGCAUCCGGUUGAAGUGGCACCAUUACCACCGACUGACGGCCGCGUCAUUGUACCACCGAUAGUGAGGAUGAAGGUCAUCCAAGGCAUGCCUGGGACGAUCGGUGGUCUUGGCUUGCGUUUUUUCCAAUUUGCGUACGCAGUUGUCUCACUCGUUGUCAUGUCCACCACAAGCGAUUUUCCUUCCGUCACUGCCUUCUGCUACCUUGUUGCUGCUGUUGCCUUACAGAGUUUAUGGAGUCUAUCACUUGCCAUUCUUGACAUCCAUGCUCUAUUGGUUGGACGAACCUUACAGAAUUACAGAGUUGUUAGUCUCUUUUCCAUAGGUGAUGGGGUGACAUCUACACUUACAUUUGCUGCUGCAUGUGCAUCUGCUGGAAUUACAGUUCUUAUAGGUAAUGAUCUUGGACUUUGUGCUCAAAAUCACUGCAAGCAGUUUGAAACUGCUACUGCUUUUGCUUUUCUUAGCUGGUUUACUGCAUUGCCUUCAUUUCUUCUCAAUUUCUGGUCAUUGUCUUCUCGUUAGCUGGGAAUUAUGGUGAAAUAAACCAUUGAUUUGAUACUUUUUUUGAGUCUUGUUUGGCUGUGUAGAUUGUCUUUUUUAAGUAUUUUUUAGGUUAUUGUGGUUUACAUUUGUUUUUAAAAAAUAUAAAACCGCAUGGAUGUUGGGGAUUCAUCAUCAAUGUAUAUAUGCGUGUUUGGCUUGUGGAUUGUUUUAGUUUGUAUCUUAAUGAAGAUGUGGAAAGUUUGUGUUGAAAUUUUGUGAUAUGCUUAC